GUGCAGAGAACAGACACAAACCAACAACUGAGAUAACAGCAGACUUUACAGCAGUAGAAGUUACAACAGUAGAAGUUACAGCAGUAGAAGUUACAACAGUAGAAGUUACAGCAGUAGAAGUUACAACAGUAGAAGUUACAGCAGUAGAAGUUACAACAGUAGAAGUUACAACAGUAGAAGUUACAGCAGUAGAAGUUACAACAGUAGAAGUUACAACAGUAGAAGUUACAACAGUAGAAGUUACAACAGUAGAAGUUACAGCAGGAGAAGUUACAACAGAAGUUACAAGACUAGCAGUUACGAGUUGAAGACAAAUAACCUAAUUAAAUAAAUACCAUGGAUAUUGAUGAUUGUAUAUAUGCCAAUCAAAGACCCAUAAAGCCCCGCGAGAAGGAUGGAGUGGGUGAUCAACAUUCAGGGUUUUGUCAGUGGUGGAAGAGAUACUCUGGAGCUGCUGCAGUGUGUCUGGGGCUGCUGUGUGUUAUACUGGCUGGGAUCAUAGGCCUGUUACUCUACCAGAGAAACCAACUGACCAGUUAUAACAGCCUGACCAAUGAGCGAGACCAGUUACAGACCAGCGACAGCAACCUGACUGCAGAGAGAGACCAGCUACAGACUAGCAACAACACGCUGACCAAAGAGAGAGACCAGCUACAGAUCAGAUACAACACCCUGACCAGAGAGAGGGACCAGCUACAGAUCAGAUACAACACCCUGACCAGAGAGAGGGACCAGCUACAGACCAGAUACAACUCCCUGACCAGAGAGAGAGACCAGCUACAAUCUUUAGUUGAGAAAGUGUGUCCUCAAGGAUGGAAAAAGCUUGGUAGCAGUUGUUACUACGUCUCUACUGAGUACAAAUCCUGGGAGGAGAGCAGACAGGACUGCAGAAAUAGAGGAGCACACCUGGUGGUUAUCAACAGCCAAGAGAAACAGACAUUAGUCAAUUGGUUAUGCGGGGUAAAGAACUAUGUCUGGAUUGGUCUGACUGACUCUGUUUCUGAGGGGACCUGGAAAUGGGUGGACGACACACCACUGACCAAAAAGUAUUGGAACAGUGGAGAGCCUAAUGGUGGAAGAGCUGAGAACUGUGUAUAUUUCUACUCCUGGUCAUCAGACACAGGAGAAUGGUGGGACUAUGACUGUUCCCAUCAAUACAGAUGGAUCUGUGAGAAAUAGGAUUCAUCCUCGGUACUCUCAACUGCUAAAUAGGAUUAUGAUAAGUACUAUCAAUCGUAAACUAUUUUCUGCUUAUUCUAUUUACCUUGUCAAGUACAUACAAUAUAUUACGAUGCAAAUGUAUAAUACAUUAUAAUAAAAAUAACAAAAAAUAUACAAUAACAAUACAAUGAACUGAUAACAGAAUAACUUUUCUGUCUGUUGUUGUGGAAAUUCACCACUAAGGACUCAAAUUCAAAGGAAAUGAAUCAAUCUUUAUUAUCUCAGUCAUCGAGGUUCACUGACUCAAUACAAGGCUGAUGUUAAUUUUAAUUUUUAUUACUUUUUAGUUUAGUCUACUUGCUAAAUGUUUUUGUGAACUCUUCUUGAACUGGACUGUUAGUUGAGGGCUUGUAAGUAAGCAUUUCACGGUAAAGUCUACACUUCUUGUAUUCGGAGCAUGUGACUAAUAAAGUUUGAUUUGAUUUGA